AUGCCUGCCAUCACAAGUGAGAUGUCUGUUCUAUCGACAACAGUUUCUGUGGCGCCGUUGGUGCUGCUAUCUGUGGUGGACCACUACGAGCGUGUGCUCAAGACGGAUAAUGUUUCGAAGCUGAACAAACGUGUGGUGGGCGUCAUACUUGGUGACAACACAAGCAAAAACCAGAUAAAGGUGAUGAACUCAUUUGCCAUACCAUUCGAGGAGGAUGACAAGAACCCAGACAUCUGGUUCUUAGACCACAACUUCAUCGAAAGCAUGUUGGACAUGUUCAAGAAGAUUAACGCGAAGGAGAAGCUGAUUGGCUGGUACCACAGCGGGCCAAAGCUGAAAUCAUCUGACUUGCAAAUCAACGAGAUUUUCAAAAGAUUCACGCCAAACCCUCUGCUUCUGAUUGUGGAUGUGGUUUCCAAGGAUGUGAUUGACAUACCUACGGAUUCAUACAUUGCAGUUGAGGAGAUCAAGGAGGAUGGCUCUAGUUCCGAGAAGACGUUCAUCCAUCUCCCCUCAGUGAUUCAGGCCGAAGAGGCUGAAGAGAUUGGUGUAGAGCAUUUGCUCAGAGACAUCCGCGAUCAAGCUUGCGGAAACCUUUCCAUCAAGCUGACUAACAACUUCAAGAGUCUCAAGUCGCUGAACGAGAGACUGGAGAACAUAAUCAAGUACUUGAACAAGAUUGUGAGCGGGGAGCUACCCAUCAACAAUGUGAUACUCGAAAAGCUACAGGAUAUCUUCAACUUGCUGCCUAACAUUGGAAAUCUGGGAGGCGAGACGGAUGUGAAUAAACUGGGCGAUCUCAACAAGUCGUUCACUGUGAAGACCAAUGACGAGUUGAUGGUGGUGUACGUUAGUUCGUUGGUGCGGUCGAUCAUCGCGUUUCAUGAUCUGAUUGAGAACAAAAUUGAAAAUAAGAAGAUCACUGAGAGAGGUGAGGAGGUGUUGGCGAAGUAA